AUGGCCGACGAUGUGCCGGAAAUUGUGAGCGGAGGCAGAGUCGUAGAGGCCUGUGCAGCCAAGGACUCCGUCUCUGUUGUCGAAGUGAUCGAGGACGAAAGAUCAGCAGCCGAGUUGCUUAUGAAAACUUGGGAUCGAAGAUGUCAAAUCAGACGUUGGCGCUACGUCACUCGUUACCAAUGUUGGCACUGA